AUACGGAGGUUUAUCUGGAGGUGAGCGAAGCAGCACAGCAUCAGUUUUCUCUGUGUUCGGAUCUCGGUGAACUCGACCAGGACCUGGAGACGGACGAGGAGCUCGGGGAAAACAUCUUCUUCAGCAGAGAAUCUGUUAUCUGUGUUCAAUGGAUGAACAUAAAGGUCAUGAAACAGAAAGACGUGAGAAGCAGAAGGAGCUGGAGGUGAGUCGACAACAAAUCCAGCAGAGAAUCCAGGACCGAGAGAAAGACGUGGAGCUGCUUCAGCAGGAGAUGGAGGACAUCAACGUCUCUGCUGAUAAAGCAGUGGAGGACAGUGAGAAGAGCUUCAACGAGGUGAUCCGUCUCCUCCAGAAAAGAAGCUCCGAUGUGAAGCAGCAGGUCAGAUCCCAGCAGAAACACGAAGUGAGUCGAGUCAAAGAUCUUCAGGAGAAACUGCAGCAGGAGAGCACUGACCUGAAGAGGAGAGAAGCUGAGCUGGAGAAACUCUCAGACACAGAGGACCACAACCAGUUUAUCCACAACUACCCCUCACCGUCACCCCUCAGUGAGUCCACACACUCAUCCAGCAUCCAGAUUCGUCCUCUCAGGUACUUUGAGGAAGUGACAGCAGCUGUGUCAGAGACCAGAGAGAAACUACAGGAUAUCCUGAGAGAGACGUGGACAAACAUCUCACUGUCAGUGGCUGAAGUGGAUGUUUUACUGUCGGAACCAGAACCAAAGACCAGAGAUGAAUUCUUGAACUAUUCACGAGACAUCACUCUGGAUCCAAACACAGCAAACUCAUAUCUGUUAUUAUCUAACGGGAACAGAAAAGUAGCAGUAAUGAGAGAAAACCAGUCUUAUUGUGAUCAUCCAGAUAGAUUCAGUGUUUACGAGCAGGUCCUGAGUAAAGAGAGUCUGACUGGUCGGUGUUACUGGGAGGUGGAGGUGAGAGGAGGAGGAAUCUGUGUAGCCGUUUCCUACAACAACAUCAGCAGAGCCGGAUGUUUGUACGACAGUGGGUUUGGAUUCAAUGACCGGUCCUGGUCUCUCCGCUGCGACACAAACGGUUACAUGAUGCGGCACGACAACGUCUUCGCUCUCGUCUCCGGUCCUGCUUCCACCAGAGUUGGAGUUUUCCUGGACCACGGAGCGGGUCUUCUGUCCUUCUACAGCGUCUCUGAGACCAGGACCCUCCUCCACAGAGUCCAGACCUCCUUCACCCAGCCGCUCCACGCCGGACUCUGGCUCCUGGAUUGUGGCGUUUCUGCUGAGCUCGUCAAAGUCCCAGAAGUGAUUACUGGGUGAUUACAGAGUUUUAUGUUUAGAAACUAGAUUUAUUUGUCUUAUCUCUGGGUGUAACUGUUUACGACCGUUGGGAACGUCUCCAGUGUUUGACAACUAACCUGGACUUUAAAAGUGGGAUGUCAGACAUUCAUUUACUCAGAUAAAUACUCUAAAGUAUGAAUAGAAUAGAAGAGAAUAGAAUACUUUCCAGUGCAAGACAGUGCAAACAGAUACAAGAAAUAUAAAUAAUAUAAAAAGGUUAAGGUGCAUUUUUAAAUAGUCAAAUCAAGACCUGAGAUCCUAUCUACAGAUAAUUACACAUAUUUACACAUGCGGUGGAAUAUUGCACAGAUAGGCCGGUACUAGUACUAGUACCAGAACUACAGGUCAGUAUAUUUGGUACAGAAAUAUCGGCUCAAACAAACUUAAAUGAUUGAAAAACUUUGUUUGUGUCUUUUACAGAACAAGAAUGUGAUGCGAGUUAAAGCGAUCGACACAAUAAAACAUUGAUAAUUAAUUUCAUGAAACAAUGAUAGUUAUGUUAACUUUGACUGUUUUGGACUAUAGAUUUAUUAGACAUAUUUUAUUAUCCUACAAUCGUGUCACUUUAUUUAAAUGUAUUAUCAUGGAUAUUUAAAACAGUUUGAUCCGUCUGGGGUUACUGGGUUUAAUUGAUCAUCAAUUAAUCAGAUAAAUAAAAUAAGUAAAUAAAGUAAAUAAACUGGAGUCAGUUAAUCGAUUUAAGGAUUCAUUGUUAUUCAACAUCUUUUGGUCCUUUUUAAUGGUUGUUCUAACUUCUGAACUUUGUAUAUUUGUAGUUUUUCAGACAUUUAGAUGUUUAUGCUUGGGCCUUUAUAACAUCAACAUCUGGAAUCUAACUUUUGGACGUUGACAGCAACAUUUGGUGUCAUUAAUGUGUCAUCAAGGAUAUUUUAUGAUUAAAUAGUGAGCAGGUUCUUCGGAGGGUUUGCUGCUGGUUCCCUCUAAAAAUCGUUGGUCUGCAGAACUGAGAUGGACUUAGACCUAGGGAAGAGAAUCAGGGCAAUGCAGGAGAAAAGAUAUUUGAGAGGGGGAGAUUUUUCUACGAGAAAAAAGUUGAAAUGUCGAGAAAAAAGUCGAAAUGUUGAGAUUAAUGUUGAAAUACAAUUUUGAGAAAAAAGUCAAAAUGUCAAGAAUAAUGUUGAAUGGUCAAGAUUAAUGUUGAAAUAGAAUUUCAAGAAUGAAGUCGAAAUUUUUGUGUAUGACGUCCAAAUUUUGUGAAUAAAGUCUAAAUGUCGAGAUUAAUGUUGAAAUACAAUUUUGAGAAAAAAGAAACGUCUUCGCUCUCGUCUCCGGUCCUGCUUCCACCAGAGUUGGAGUUUUCCUGGACCACGGAGCUGGUCUUCUGUCCUUCUACAGCGUCUCUGAGACCAGGACCCUCCUCCACAGAGUCCAGACCUCCUUCACUCAGCCGCUCCACGCCGGACUCUGGCUCCUGGAUUGUGGCGUUUCUGCUGAGCUCGUCAAAGUCCCAGAAGUGAUUACUGGGUGAUUACAGAGUUUUAUGUUUAGAAACUCGAUUUAUUUGUCUUAUCUUGGGGUGGAACUGUUUACGACCGCUGGGAACGUCUCCAGUGUUUGACAACUAACCUGGACUUUAAAAGUGGGACGUCAGACAUUCAUUUACUCAGAUAAAUACCCUAAAAUAUGAAUAGAAUAGAAUAGAAUAGAAUAGAAUAGAAUAGAAUAGAAUACUUUAUUGUCACUAUGCAUGGGUACAGUGAGAUUGAAAGCAGUAUCACAUUUCCAGUGCAAGACAGUGCAAACAGAUACAAGAAAUAUAAAUAAUAUAAAAAGGUUAAGGUGCAUUUUUAAUUAGUCAAAUCAAGACCUGAGAUCCUAUCUGCAGAUAAUUACACAUAUUUACACAUGCGGUGGAAUAUUGCACAGAUAGGCCGGUACUAGUACUAGUACCAGAACUACAGGUCAGUAUAUUUCGCACAGAAAUAUCGGCUCAAACAAACUUAAAUGAUUGAAAAAAUUUGUUUGUGUCUUUUACAGAAGAAUGUGAUGCGAGUUCAAGCGAUCGAGACAAUAAAACAUUGAUAAUUAUUUUCAUGAAACAAUGAUAGUUAUGUUAACUUUGACUGUUUUGGACUAUAGAUUUAUUAGACAUAUUUUAUUAUCCUGCAAUCGUGUCACUUUAUUUACAUUUAUUAUCAUGGACAUUUAAAACAGUUUGAUCCGUCUGGGGUUGCUGGGUUUAAUUGAUCAUCAAUAAAUCAGAUGACACCAGCCACGACUCUCUAUAUCAAACCAUUCAAAAGUUAUGGCAGAAAGUAGGAACAAUCACAUAUUGACCAUUACGAUUAAGGGGCGGGGCUAAUUUGCACCAAUUAAGGUGAAGGAGUCAAAACCGAGUCAGAUGACACCACCUACGGGAAACCAUUCAAAAUGUAUGCCAGAAAAUAGGACCUAUCAAAUAUCGACCAAUUAGAAGAAGGGGCG